AUGAAAGCUCUGGCAACGCAACGCUUGAUUGAACAAGUGUCAUCUUUAGAGAAGAAUGUGAAUAAUAUGGGUAUCCACUCUCUUAAACCAAGCAAAGAAGCACCGCCGGAUGUCUACACGGUGGUCAUAGAUGUCACUGCAUUCUUGGACGGGUUAAACAAGAUCAAGAAGUGGGCAAAUCAAACCGUGAAUCCCAACAUGCGUCAUCAACAAAGUAUCCUUGAAGUGAUUGUGCCCUUAGAAACUAUUGAUUUGCUGGAUGAUCACAAAAAGGGAACUUCCCACAUGAAUGUGCAAGCACGUGAAUCUAUACGGUAUCUUGAUCAAAAGCUCUUGAAGAGUCAGAGUGACCAGCGAAACCUUGAUGCACCAACGGAAUCGUACCUUCGAACGCAAAAAGUCACGGAAAAACUCAGUGAUUGGGGCAAAGCGGCUGCGUAUUGGAUUGGUGAAGAGACACGAUCCAAUAUUGUAGACCGUCUAUUAUGUGAAAUGUCAGAAGACGAAGAUACGGUGAAUCCGUUUGCCUCGGAUGAUUCGGAUGCUGCGUCCACCUCAAGCGUGGAAUUGCCCAUGUCACGUCGUCGGCGACAUUAUGAAGAAGACGCAUCCGAGGACGAAAUGGAUGGAAGCGACAACGAUGACCGCGUUAUUUACGAAGAAAGUAUGACUGAAGAAAGUGAGAAUCAAAGAGAAAGUGAUGAUGAUGCAAGUGACAGCGAUGUGAAUGAGGAGGACGAGGAUGAAGAGGACGAAGAACAAGACGAGGAAGAAUCGGUUACAUUCAAUGACGUCCCGCAAGCAUACCGCCCUAUUAUCAACUGCAUGCUCUUUUACCAUGAAAACCAACAGAAAGAAAGUAAACCACCUGUAGAUAAACAAGCUGCCCAAGUAGAAAAGUUGGUGCUGGUGACCAAUGACGAAGACUUGGCCUGGUGGGCUGAAAUGUUUGGCGAUCCAAAAAAUAAGCAACGUCUACAUGUGAAGACAGUCAACGAGUGGGAUCGCAUUAUAAGCACAUUGAAUUUUGAAAAGGCCUUUGAACACUCUUCGCGGCGUCGAUAG